GCUUUGGUGACUCUGCAUUUUCGUCACUGACGCUGACGCGUGGGCCGUGCCCACGUGUCAGUGACAGGGCGAAGUCAAGGGAAGACUCAUCCAUCCAACCACCCCCAAUGCGGAACACCUCGUCAACUAGACCCCGCCCUCGUGGUCGUGUGGUCAGCGACCUGCGACCGCUCCUCGGCUCCGCUCAGCCAUCGCCGCCGCCCCACCAGCCGGCGGCUGCCACCAUGUCCCGCGGCAGCUCCAAUUCCGUAUUCCUAGGCGUCGACGUCGGCACCGGCAGCGCUCGCGCAGGUAUCUUUGAUCAGAAGGGCAAGUUGCUGGGGUCAGCGAGCAGUCCUAUACAGAUAUGGAAGGAGAAAGACUGUAUUGAGCAAUCCUCGACGGAUAUCUGGCAUGCAGUCUGUGCUGCAGUGAAAUCUGCUUGCUCACUGGCAAAUGUUGCUCCUGAGGAAGUUGCCGGCCUUGGUUUCGCCGCUACUUGCUCCCUUGUUGCUGUUGAUGCUGAUGGUUCCCCUGUGUCGGUUUCUUGGAGUGAUGAUACGCGGAGGAAUAUCAUUGUGUGGAUGGACCAUAGAGCUGUGAACCAGGCAGAGCGAAUCAAUGCUAGCAAUUCACCAGUACUGCAAUACUGCGGUGGCAGCGUUUCCCCUGAAAUGCAGGCUCCAAAGCUCCUAUGGGUGAAGGAAAAUCUGCAAGAGUCUUGGUCUAUGGUUUGUAGGUGGAUGGACCUCAGUGACUGGUUAGCAUAUAGAGCAACUGGUGAUGAUACCCGCAGCUUAUGCACAACUGUCUGCAAAUGGACAUAUCUGGGACAUGCACACAUGGAACAGUGGCAAGAAUCCGAUUCACGUGAUAUGGAGGCAUGUGGAUGGGACAAUGUUUUUUGGGAAGAAAUAGGGUUGGGAGACCUUGUCGAAGGAAACUGUGCAAAAAUAGGACGCAGUGUUGCUUUUCCUGGUCAUCCUCUUGGUUCUGGUUUGACAGCUGCUGCUGCAAAGGAAUUGGGCUUGCUUCCUGGUACACCUGUUGGAACUCCGCUUAUUGAUGCUCAUGCUGGUGGAGUUGGAGUCAUGGAAAGCAUACCAGAUGAACAAUUUAAAGCUGAUGUGCCUGAUGAAGAAGCAAUAUGCCAUCGGAUGGUAUUGGUUUGUGGGACAUCUACAUGCCACAUGGCUGUCUCAAAGAACAAAUUGUUUGUUCCUGGUGUCUGGGGACCAUUUUGGUCUGCAAUGGUACCUGAGUUUUGGCUCACAGAAGGUGGCCAAAGUGCAACUGGUGCUCUACUUGAUUACAUUACUGAAAACCAUGUUGCAGCCCCUCUUCUUUCUAAUCGUGCUUCUUCUCAAAGUAUAUCCAUAUAUGAACUACUGAACAAGAUGUUGCUUUCAAUGUCGCAUGAGCAAAAUAGCCCUUUUCUUUCAGCAUUGACUCAAGACAUCCAUGUCCUUCCAGAUUUUCAUGGAAAUCGGUCUCCCAUGGCUGAUCCAAAAUCCAAAGGGGUGAUUUAUGGCCUGACACUUGAUACAAGCGAGAAACAUUUGGCUCUUAUGUACCUAGCAACCAUUCAGGGCAUUGCUUACGGUACUCGUCAUAUCGUGGAGCACUGUAAUGCUCAUGGACACAAGAUCGACACUCUUCUUGCCUGUGGCGGACUUGCAAAGAACUCUGUUUAUAUCCAAGAACAUGCAGAUAUUAUCGGAUGCCAAAUAAUACUUCCUAGAGAGAAUGAGCCUGUGCUUUUGGGCGCUGCUGUUCUUGGUGCUGUUGCUGGCAAGAAGUUUCCUGGUGUUCGUGAUGCAAUGAAAGCGCUUAACGCAGCAGGGAAGGUUGUAAAUCCGUCGUCAGAUCCUAGAGUGAAGAAAUACCACGAUGCAAAAUAUCAGAUAUUUAGGUCCCUGUAUGAGCAACAACUCUCUCAUCGCUCAACCAUGGUGCAGGCAUUGCAGUAAGGCUCUGGAUUAUUUACAUGUAAAUGAUAUCAUCUCUAUCAAUAGAAGGGAUGAUAAAAUACCUGUACGAAUGAAUAGUAGAAAGCGAGCAGGUCAGCAGGCCAAGACGAUCGUUGUUACAGAAUGGGGAACCCACAAGUUUAUGUGAUGUUAAUAAAGAGAGGAGGUUGAUAAAAGCGAGCUAUGUAAAAUCAAUAAAGAUAUAUCUCUGGGUAAAGUGCGUAUCUAAAUUCUAAAA